UGUGAAAUUUUGAGUUCAAAAGCAGUUAAGUCUUAACAGCCUAACCCGCCUAGGCCCUUCAUGACGAGCCAAUGAAGCUGCCAUCAUGGCUCAACGCCGUGCCGCCGGACCCUCGGGCGUACGGCCACCUCAUCCAGCUCUGCGCAGAUUCCGGCCACCUAGCCGCCGGCCGCCAGCUCCAUGCCCGCCUUGUCGCCUUCUCCGUGACGCCAUCCAACUUCCUCGCCUCCAAACUCAUCUCCCUCUACUCCCGUGCUGCGCGCCUCCACGACGCACGCAGGGUGUUCGACGCCAUCCCGCAGCCCAGCAUCUUCGCCUGGAACGCCAUCCUCAUCGCGCUGUCGCUCCACUCGCCCGACCCCUCCGCCGCAAUCCGCCUCUUCGCCUCAUCCGCGGUCUCCCCUGACGAAGUCACGCUCUCUGCGCUCCUCAAGUCGCACGCCGCGUCAGGGCCGGCGCUCUCCCCACUUGUCGCCAGGGAGCUACACGCCGUCGCGCUCUUGCGCGGCUUCGGGACCGACCUGUUCGUGUCCAAUGGGCUCAUCACCGCGUAUGCCAUCGCCGGGGACACGCGCUCCGCUCGCGCGGUGUUCGAUGAAAUGCCUCGGCGGGACGUCGUCUCCUGGAACUCGCUGAUAUCGGCUUACGCUCGUGCAGGGUGGUACCGGGAGUGCCUGGAGCUGUUCCAGGAGUUGACGCGGGUUCAUGCCGGUGGUGGUGUUGGACCGAACAGCAUCACGGUGACAAGCGUGUUGCAUGCUUGUGCGCAACUCAAGGCUGUCAAUUUUGGGGUCAACGUGCACCAGUUUGCUGCCGAGAAUGAGCUUGAUAUGGACGUCGCAGUAUGGAACUCAAUAGUUGGGUUUUACGCCAAAUGUGGGCGGUUGCAGUAUGCAAGAGAGUUGUUUGAAGGGAUGCCUAAGAAAGAUCCAGUCAGUUACAGCGCCAUGAUUACUGGGUACAUGAACCAUGGGCAUGUUGACGAGGGAAUGGAGCUUUUUCGUCGAGCAGAUGCUCAAGGAAUCAGCAUUUGGAAUGCAGUAAUUGCUGGACUUAUUCAAAAUGGUCGCCAGUCCUAUGUGCUUGGAUUACUGCAUGAGAUGAUUGGUUCUAGCAUACUGCCCAAUUCGGCCACACUUUCAAUCAUCAUUCCUUCAGUUCCUUUGUUCUCAGGCCUAAUGGGAGCAAAGCAAGCUCAUGGUUAUGUGAUUAGAAACAACUAUGAUCAGAGCAUCAAUGUUGUGAGUGCAUUGAUCGAGGCUUACUCAAAGGCUGGAUUUCUUGAUGGGGCUAGGAAGGUGUUUGAAUUGACUGGUGAUAGAAGCAAAGUUGUAUGGACAUCAAUGAUAUCAGCUGUUGCAGCUCAUGGAGAAGCCGCAGACGCAUUGCGCCUGUUCAAUAAGAUGAUCAGUUCUGGCACUUUGCCGGAUACCGUAGCUUUCACUGCCGUGCUUACUGCUUGUGCUCAUGCUGGAAAGGUAUCUGAUGCUCGUAAAGUUUUUGACUCCAUGCAGGUCGUGUUUGGUAUCGCUCCAGCGAUGGAGCAAUACGCUUGCAUGGUUUCUGCAUUCAGCCGUGCUGGGAUGCUAAAGGAUGCAGUUGAUCUUGUCAACAGGAUGCCGUUUGAGCCAAAUGCAAAGGUCUGGGGUCCAUUGCUUAAUGGAGCAGCAGAAGCUGGUGAUGUUGAGCUUGGUCGAUAUGCUUUCGAUCAAUUAUUUAUGAUUGAGCCGAAGAACACUGGUAAUUAUAUUGUGAUGGCUAAUUUAUACUCAAACGCUGACAAAUGGGAAGAAGCUGAAAUCAUAAGGAGCAUGAUGUGGGGAGUUGGGUUGGAGAAGGUUCCUGGGUGUAGUUGGAAUUGAGGGGAUCAAUGCUCUGUUUUUUUUGUUGUUGCCGUGGAUACAUCAAGCAAUCGAGAUGCAAGAAAUACUUGGUUGUAUAUGGUUGAUUGGUCUGAAAGAUAGAAAAGAGCUUGUCCUCAACCAUUAUUAGAUGAAGACAAGUUUUAUUGAUGGCAUUCAGUGGAUCUAAUAGUUGAGACAUGAUUAUCAUGCCUGAGCAUACCAGACAUUUAGAGUUAUUUGAACCACUGUAUUUCACAUCCGAUGGUGUAUUCAAUUGUAUUGAUUUGAUUGAUUAACUAACUUUUGGAGGGUAAUUCCAUGAUUAUUUAAAACUUUGGAAACAUCUGAAUUUUCAGGAUCUGAGUGCAACCCUACUCCUGGAUGGAAUACCAAACGACUAAUGCGCAGAAGAUUGUUCACUUCAUCAACAAAAAGUUGCUCUAGUGCUGUGGAUCCAAUGAAGAAAGGGUUCACAUGCUAAACUUCACAGGCUGAAAGCUGCAGUGAUAUCCAUAUGCAGUGACUGACUGGGCGAAUGAGGCAAUGGGAUAACGUUACUUGUAGCGGAUUCGAUGAGAUGAUUCGAAGCGCAUUCGGCCAUCGGCUAUGUGCAGCCUUACAAUCUUGAUGUGUGGUGGUCCAGCUCAACCUGGAGGCUUGGAGUUCAAGUGAAGCUAAUGGCAGCUGCCGGAGGACCCUAUACGGUGCACCGUACGGAACCUGGCGUGAUCCCAUGAAAAACGUCGCAGCUCUGUCUGUUUUUCCCCCGCCGUUUAUUCGCGCGUUCAUGACUGUUAAGCUCGUGGGCGAAGGAAUUUUCGUACGGUACAAGAACAGCCACAGCUCCUGCAGCUGGAGGAGAAUCUUAAGUACUAUCACAAAUCACUCAUGCCUCUCAAGUUGGGACGGUGCCAAUCUCUCUAGCGCUUCUCCAGCUAAUUCCUCGCAACAUUUAACAUGGCAGGUUAGUUCGGAUUAGUCUAUGCUUCUCUCACGAAACUGAUCUGCAUUCUCCUCUCAUGCUAAUAUUGUUAGUUAGUGUUUUUUUUAUAUAUAUUUGAGAGCCACAUGAGACGACAGCUCAAAUGUCAUUGUUAAUACUGCACCAUCCUGUCGGUUAUCUCUCCGAUUCAGUUCAGCUUCAAAUCGCAGAAGCAGCACAGGCAGCUCGUGAGGCAGCGCGACAGCGACACUGGAUUUUUUUUGUCCUGGUACGUACAUUCAUUCGUUCAGAAAUAUACAACAGAGAAGUCGGUGGCUGCUCGGAAUUUAGACGCUGCUAAAAACCACGAGCAAAAGAAAAUGCAGCAAGAGGACAGGAGGCCUGUUGAAGUGAUGGGGCCGAACGAACAGCAAGCGAGUUAAAUGAACCAGCAGGAUCUGCCUUUCACGUGUCUCUCCUUUCUGCCCUCCGCUCCUCUCUCGCUUAAUACUUGCAGUCUUGCAGAGUGCAGAUUGCAAAGCCCAAGGUGAUAACCCCACAUGUCCCAUGUGACCAUCUCUUUGUUAAUUACCACUGUGUUGUGAAAGAGAGAUGUUUCCAGUGACGCCAGUAAUGUGCCUCACGGGUGGCGGUCACGGACAAAACCGGCUCCUGUGGUGAGCAAAUCCCAUGCCUCUCUUUUCUAGGCUCCAGUACUCCCCCAAGAGAGCGUCCUGUGGCGCCUCGCCUCACCUUUACGCCCCCAAAACAUAUAGGCGUCCG